UGGAUGUUGACGAUUGGAGAUGGCCUGCACAAUUUUACCGACGGUUUGGCGAUCGGAGCUUCCUUCAGCGUCAGCAUAUCCGCCGGUCUGUCGACUUCCAUCGCUGUCUUGUGCCACGAACUGCCGCACGAGUUUGGAGACGCAGCGUUGAUGUUGUCGGCUGGCUGGUCGUUCAAGAUGGUCCUCUUGCUGCAGUUCCUGUCGCAAGCCACCGCCUUUUUCGGACUCUACAUCGGGAUAGCCCUGUCGAAUAAUUUCGCCGAGGCUCAGCUGUGGAUAUUUUGCAUCGCGGCCGGGAUGUUUCUCUACAUAGGACUCUCAGACGCCAUGCCGGAAGUGCUGGGGUUGGUCAGUCAUUAUCGGUCGGUGAAGAUCGCCGUGCUCGCCAAUGUUGGCAUCGCCAUCGGCUUCACCAUCAUGCUCCUUCUCUCACUCUUUGAGGGAGAGAUAAAAAUUAACUGA